AUGCCCGUAACAAGCGAUGUGCCGCUCUCGCAGGCGUUCCACAAUAAGUUUCACCCGAGUUGUGUCACCCGAUGUGGAUCCCAGCCCACGUUUUCUGAUAUUAAUUUGGCUUUUCUCGGCUCAUCGACACAAUCACCUUUGUGGUUAAAGAGUCUUGAUCACUUGCGUGACUCCAAAGCUAUCCGCCACGCUGGUAUCAGCUUUGUUUGGACACAGGGAGGUGUGUACCAAAUUGAGGGGCAAAUUAGUGACCAUUUGUUGGCGCAAAUUCAUAGUCCAGACGUACUCAAAUUCCCCCACUGGUACUUUGUGUAUCUUCAACGUCAACGAAUGAAGUUUCCGAUGGACUCAUUUACGAUGAAAACGCCACCGGCUUCGAUUAUGCUUUAUAAGCGUAUUCCGAUUCGCCAGAUCCAGUGUACUGGACAAAGCUACUCGGUGGUUCAUCACAGAAACCGAGCGUUUAAUAGCGUCAUCCCACGCUUUAUCAAGGAAAUACGUGAAAAAGGUAAGCCGACCCGACAGUCUAAGCCGACCCGACAGUCUAAGCCAGCCCCAUCAGGCUUAAAGGCGGACGAUACAUCCAGUAUCCCGCCUGCUUUUGACGACCAAAGCAACACCAGUAACCGUUCUGCCAUGGUCGACGACUCUGGGUCGGACAGUGGGCCACAUAGUGGGGGAUAUUCCGACCCGGACACCAAUCAACGUACCAUGAUGGACGGUAUUGAAGCCGCAGUUGUGGCCCGACCCAAACUGGUUUGGCCUCAUGGGAAAAUACCCAAACAUCCAGUCGGCUUCAUUCAAUCCACCGAUUUUUCGCCGGCUCGUAUUACUGAAGGCAAAGAGAAUGAUGUUUAG